GAUCACAGCGAGCCAGAGAAAAGACAGUGCGCAGGUUUGAGCCUUUUCUUCUAAUUUUUUUGUGGUUCGCGGGAGGAGAAGCUGCAGCGCAGAUUCACGGGAGAUAUUUGGGAACAUGCACGGCGCACGCUGACCACAGGAAAUAUGUUGACACUGCCUUACGAGGAAUCUCAUAUGAUGUGUGAGCCACGGUUUGGUGCCAAUUAUCCCCGUGAAAGCUUACCUGAGAGCCUGGAGCAGGAGCGACUACACAACCCAGACAGGUCCAACUCCGACAUGCGGGAGGCCGACGACGACAUAUCCGACAGAGAUGAGGACGAGAGAGAGGACGACCAGGAUGAGAACGGGCUUCCUAAAAAGCGAGGCCCCCGGAAAAAGAAACCCGGCAAGGAGCAGAUGGACAGGGCCAAACUACGACGCCAGGAAGCCAACGCCCGAGAGCGCAGCCGGAUGCACGGCUUGAACGCUGCCCUGGAGAGCCUGCGCAAAGUUGUGCCGUGCUACUCCAAAACUCAGAAACUGUCCAAGAUUGAGACCCUGAGACUGGCAAAAAAUUACAUCUGGGCCCUGUCAGAGACUCUGAGCGCAGGGAAGAGACCGGACCUCCUCGCCUUCGUACAGACUUUGUGCAAAGGAUUAUCUCAGCCAACGACCAACUUGGUGGCCGGUUGUUUGCAGCUGAACGCGAGAAACUUCCUCACAGACCACAACGGGGAGGUCAUGUUCUCUGGCAGGUCGCCCUACGAUGCCAUGUACCCAUACCCCGGCUCGGACAUGAACACGCCCCCCGGCCACAGUGGCAGCAACCUGGACAGCAGCGCCAAGCCGUUCCGACACUACAGCUACAGCAGCGCCUACGAGUCUUACUACGAGAACCCGUCCCCGGAGGGCGGGAGCCCACAUUUCGACAGCCAGCUGAGCCCACCGAUGAACUUUAACGGGAUUUUCUCCCUAAAACACGACGACCCGCCAGACUACGGCAAAAGCAGCCACUACGGCAUGCGCUACUGCAGUGCGCCAGGACGCACGGCUCUUGCGCACAACUCCAUGUACCGAGUCUCCCCAGAGGCCCGUUUCCCCUACGAUCUGCACGUCCGCAGCCAGUCCUUCCAAGCACAAGGAGAAGUUAAUGGCUCCUUCCACAAUUAAUCAAUCAGCUGGACAAAGUUCAAGUUUCAGAAGCGAUGCAAUUUCCCCCCACAGAUGUCGAGAGUGGAACGAAAUGGACUCAGACGCUGAUGCACUGAAAAAAAGCCCAUUAAACAAGUCGUUUUGUGUUUUUAGUUUUUCUCUUCUUUUUAUGAAAGAUGAUGAAAAGCCAGCAGCAAAUGACACGCUUUCACUUGCUCCCUGUCAUGUUCCAUUAAAUUUUGUGUCGAUAUGAGACAGAAAAAACACCAUGAAUGUUUUUGGUUUGUAAAAAAAUAAUGAGUCGUUUAAAGAAAAUUAAGAUCAAAUGGCUCAGUGCCACACAUUUGUUUCCAGACAACUCCGAUAUAAAAUAAUUCGUUAACGAUGCAAGUUUUGAGCAAAUUGUUUGCAGUUGUAGUGCAUUUUUACAUGUGUUUGUUAAUGACAGUAAUGCACAUGUCGGUGAUAAUGAGGUUUAUAAAGCUGAUGCACUGUAGUGGACAAUUAAUUCGAUUAUCUUGUUAUUUAAAAGGCUCACUGCAGUCAGUAAACUGAUUUUCUGGCCUGUAUAAAAUCACCUAAAUGAAACAGAAGAAACUAAAGAUGUUUCACUUCAUCAGGGAAGUUUGCUGAGACAUGAUUUGAGUUUAGAGAUUCAGUCUGUUAGCAAUAAAGGUCAAUUGAGCUAUGCAAGGCAGCCAAAUGCAAUCUUUGCUUAUUUAAAACGAUAUAUGUCUAUUUCUUCUCACACGGCGUUUCUCUUAAUCCAACAUAUAAUUCACAUGAUGAAAACUAACAGAUUUUUUUUUUAAAGCUAAUUUGGUAAGGAGCGUGUGUUCAGGAAGCCUGAUGAUAAAAUCACCUGAACUGGUUCUAUAAAUACAAGAAAUUGUGGGGAAAAACAUCAAAAACUAAUUGCAUUUGUAUUUGGAGUAAAUAGUGUGGUAACGAGGUGAGUGUAAAUUAUUAUUGUAUUUAUUUAUUUAAGCUUAUUUAUUAUAAGUCCGUCAAUUUGAAUGUGAAUAAUAUAUUAUAGAAAAAUAUUGUAAAACUCAACAGUGUUAACUUUUAUGUGAAUUUCCACAAAUUUAAAGUUUGUUUACGUUGCAUUGUUGUAUAUUUCUGCUAAAAGUCGAGCACUGGAUGGAAAAGCAUUUUGUGUCAGGUGAACAAAAUGUUUUCGAAACUAUAUGAAUCCGAACAACUUGCCUUAAAAACAAGAGACGAUGACCAUCAAUAUGCAACGAAGUGAAAGUUUUGGAUAGUUUGAUGUGAACUUUUUACACCUCCUUGUUCCUGCUGAGGAGCAACUGUGAUGCACUUCAUGUACUUCUGCACAAUGUUGGUGACUGUGCUCAUAAAUUCUGUUGAUUUUGUAACUUUAACCGAAUGAUGAAUGAUUAUUGGUUGAAUUUAUUUCUGCAUUUACUGCUCGGGUCACAUACACACUCCACACACACACACACACACACACUCCACACACGCACUCCUGAAAACUCGUUAUGGAUCGAAAUAUUCGUGAAGUAAUGUGUUAAUGUUUUGUGAUGUGUUUGUCGCAAUAAAAUGAAGAGGCUGUGAGAGGCUUUAUGUUGUA